AUGGGCGGUCUCGGAGCCGCCGGCGGUCCCAACAUGGCCGGCAUGAGCGAGCAAGAGCAAGCCAUGGUGAAGAUGAUGUACGGCGCCAUGGAAUCCUGUCCCAUGAAGACCGUCAUCUCCGGUACCAUGGGUUUCGGACUGGGUGGUGUCUUUGGUCUCUUCAUGGCCAGUAUGUCCUACGACUCCACAUUCACCCCCCAAGGCAAAGCCAUCGCCGACCUCCCCUGGCGGGAACAAGUGCGUCGCGGCUUCAAAGACAUGGGCCAGCGGUCCUGGUCCAGCGCCAAGAACUUCGGUAUCGUGGGUGCGUUGUACUCGGGCACAGAAUGCUGCAUUGAGGGACUGCGCGCCAAGAACGAUCUCACGAAUAGUGUUGCGGCGGGUUGCAUUACGGGUGGCAUUUUGGGUGCGAAGGCUGGGCCGCAGGCUGCUGCCGCCGGGUGUGCGGGUUUCGCGGCGUUUAGUGCCGCGAUUGAUGCGUAUAUGAGGAUGCCGGAGAAGGAUGAUUAG